AUGAGUGAAAAGCCUACAGGAGGCUUGGGUGGCUUCCACGGGAAGUCGCUCACCAGCAGCCGCGAGACCAUGAUCGACAGUGCCGCGUCACAGAAAAUCCAGUCUUCCCCAAAUGAAAAGGGCCACAGCAAGAGCGAAAUCGAGGUGGGAACAAAUGGGGAAGGCUCUGACAGCGAGGAGAGUGUCGGAUCUGAGAUGGAACGUCGACACUCGGCCAUCCAAGAACUUGCUCGCCGGUUUUCCCACCAAUCUGUUGGCGAUAUCCACGGCAAUGCGCGAAACCUCUUCGCCAACGACGACCCGAACUCGCCCCUGAAUCCUUCUGGGGAGCACUUUAGUGCCCGAGUAUGGGCCAAGACGCUCGCCAAAUACUCAUCUGACAAUGGUGUCAACUUUCGCAAGACCGGCUUCUGUUUCCAGAACAUGAACGUCUACGGUUUCGGAAAUGCCACGGAUUACCAAAAGGAUGUCGGUAACAUUCCCCUCGAACUCCCAGACCUUGCCCGCAACCUUUUCUCGAAGAACCACGGAAACAGACGAAUCGAUAUCCUUCGCAACUUUGAUGGAAUUGUCCGUUCUGGUGAGAUGCUUGUUGUCCUAGGCCCACCGGGUGCCGGCUGCACAACCUUCCUCAAGACUGUUGCCGGAGAGCAGAAUGGUAUUUACACCGAUAAGUCCACCUACCUCAACUACCAAGGUGUGACCGCAGACGAGAUGCAUAGCCACCACAGGGGUGAAGCCAUCUACACAGCAGAGGUUGAUGUUCACUUCCCCAUGCUCUCGGUUGGAGACACUCUGACGUUUGCCUCGCGGGCGCGAUGCCCUCGAAACCUCCCCGAGGGUAUUUCGCACAACGAAUACUGCGAUCACCAGCGAGAUGUUGUCAUGAACAUGUACGGCAUUGCCCACACUGUCAACACCCGCGUUGGAAAUGAGUAUAUCCGCGGCGUGUCUGGUGGUGAGCGUAAGCGCGUGACCAUUGCUGAGGCUACUUUGUCAAACGCUCCUCUCCAGUGCUGGGAUAACUCAACCAGAGGCUUGGAUUCUGCCAACGCUAUCGAGUUUUGCAAGACACUUCGCCUUCAGUCGGAGUUGUUUGGUCAAACCUGUGCUGUCUCCAUCUACCAGGCUCCCCAGAGCGCAUACGAUCUCUUCGACAAGGCGGCUGUUCUCUACGAGGGUCGCCAGAUCUUCUUUGGGCCUGCAACCAAGGCUAAGGAGUACUUUGUCAACUUGGGCUUCGAAUGCCCUGCGCGACAGACUACCCCUGACUUCCUGACCUCGAUGACUGCUCCAUCUGAGCGCGUCGUGCGUAAGGGCUUCGAGGGCAAGGUUCCCCGCACCCCUGACGAGUUCGCCGAAUGUUGGAAGAACAGUGAGCAGUACAAGGCCUUGCAGCGUGAGAUUGAGGAGUAUAAGCAGGAGUACGCACUCAAUGGCCCCCACGCUGAAGAGUUCCGUGCUGGAAAGAAGGCCGUUCAGAGCAAGGGUCAGCGUCUCCAGUCCCCUUACACCCUUUCCUACGGACAGCAGAUCAAACUCUGUCUUUGGCGUGGGUGGAAGCGCCUUACCGGCGACCCCAGUUUGACCAUCUUUUCCCUGAUCGCAAACACUGCUACUGCCCUUAUCGCCUCUUCUCUCUUUUACAAUCUCCAGCCUAACACUGGUUCUUUCUACGGUCGUACUGCGGUGCUCUUUCUUGCUAUCCUUGCCAACGCCUUCUCUAGCGCUCUUGAAAUUCUUACCCAGUACUCUCAGCGACCUAUCGUUGAGAAGCACUCCCGUUAUGGAUUCUAUCAUUCAUCUUCUGAAGCCUUUGCCUCGAUUCUUGUCGACAUGCCCUACAAGGUUCUGAACAGUAUCUUUUAUAAUUUGACAAUAUACUUCAUGGCUAACCUUAGGCGUGAACCUGGAGCGUUCUUCUUCUUCUGGCUUGUCACGUUCUUGAUGGUGCUGGCCAUGUCGGGCCUGUUCCGAUCGAUUGCUGCUCUCUCGCGUACGCUCUCCCAAGCAAUGGUACCGGCUGCAAUCUUGAUCCUGGCUAUGGUUAUCUUCACUGGUUUCGUCAUUCCUGUUCGUUACAUGCUUGGCUGGUGCCGAUGGAUUAACUGGCUUGACCCUGUUGCUUAUGCAUACGAGGCCCUGGUGAUCAACGAGUUCACAGGUCGCUCCUUUGAAUGUAUGGCGUAUGUUCCGAUGCGCACUGCCCCUGGCUACGAGAACACCUCCCUCGAGAACAUGGCCUGCACUGUCGUUGGCUCGGUCCCCGGGAGGACUCACGUGUUGGGAGAGGACUACUACGAGCAGAUGUACUCCUAUCACCCCAGCCACAGGUGGAGGAACGUAGGUAUUCUGAUCGCGUUCGUCGUCGGUCUGCAUCUGGUCUACUUGUGCGCAACCGAGUGGAUCGCUGCUAAGAAGUCUAAGGGUGAAGUCUUGGUUUUCAGAAAGGGAUAUGUCCCCAAGAGCGCAGACAAUAAGGGCGAUAUCGAAGCUGCCGUUUCAGGCCCUGCUGUCAUCGCCGACCGAGCUGGAAGCGAUUCCGAAGGAGGAAACAUUCAGGGCUCCACCAGUGUUUUCCAUUGGAACAAUGUCUGCUACGAUAUCAAGAUCAAGGGCGAACCUAGGCGUAUUCUGGACAAUGUUGAUGGAUGGGUCAAACCUGGCACGCUCACAGCUCUUAUGGGUGUCUCUGGUGCCGGCAAGACCACCUUGCUCGACUGUUUGGCUGACCGUAUUUCCAUGGGUGUGAUUACGGGUGAGAUGCUUGUUGAUGGAAAGCUUCGCGACGAUUCAUUCCAACGCAAGACUGGUUAUGUUCAGCAACAGGAUCUGCACUUGGAGACAACAACUGUUCGUGAGGCUCUUGAGUUUAGCGCCCUGCUCCGCCAACCUGCCGGUACCCCCAAGGCUGAAAAGCUCGCCUAUGUCGAUGAGGUUAUCAAGCUGCUUGAUAUGCAGGCCUAUGCUGACGCCGUCGUCGGUGUUCUUGGAGAGGGCUUGAACGUGGAGCAACGCAAGAGAUUGACAAUUGGCGUGGAGCUUGCUGCAAAGCCCCCUCUGUUAUUGUUUGUUGACGAGCCAACCUCUGGUCUUGACUCACAGACAUCUUGGGCUAUCCUUGAUUUGUUGGAAAAGCUCUCAAAGGCAGGCCAGUCUAUUCUCUGCACCAUCCAUCAACCUUCCGCUAUGUUGUUUCAACGCUUUGACCGCCUCCUCUUCCUUGCAAAGGGCGGUAGGACGGUGUAUUUUGGCGAUAUUGGUGAAAAUUCGAAGACUAUGACUUCCUACUUUGAGAGACACGGUGCUCCAAAGUGCCUGGACGAUGAGAAUCCCGCUGAAUGGAUGCUUGAAGCCAUCGGCGCUGCCCCUGGAUCCACCACGGAGAGAGAUUGGCACCAGACUUGGCUUGAGAGUACCGAGUACCAGGACGUGCAGACUGAGCUCCAGCGUCUCAAGUCUGAGCGUGUAGCCCGUGCUAGUGUUGCGGACGAGCGAAAGGGUGAUACUCACGAUGAGUUUGCUUCGCCCAUGACCUCGCAGCUCAUGACCGUUACCCACCGUGUGUUCCAGCAGUACUGGCGUACCCCUUCAUACAUCUACUCCAAGUUCAUCCUCUGUUGUUCCGUGUCUCUGUUCAUUGGACUGGUCUUCCUGAACGCUCCAGUCACUAUCCAGGGCCUGCAAAACCAGAUGUUUGCCAUGUUCAACAUUCUCACUAUCUUUGGUCAGCUCGUGCAGCAACAGAUGCCUCAUUUUGUCACACAGCGGUCCCUCUACGAAGUCCGUGAGCGCCCGUCCAAGACAUACAGCUGGCAGGUCUUCAUGAUUUCGCAGAUCAUUGUGGAAAUCCCAUGGAACACUCUCAUGUCUGUCUUCAUGUUUAUCUGUGUCUACUACCCAGUUGGUUUCGACAAGAACGCUGCAGUAACAGGAACACAAGUCGAACGAGGAGGCUUGAUGUGGCUUCUUUUCUGGCAGUUUGUUAUCUUCACCUGCACAUUUGCCCACGCCUGUAUCGCCAUCACCGACACCGCCGAGGCGGGUGGUAAUCUGGCCAAUGUCCUCUUCAUGCUCUGCCUCUUCUUCUGCGGUAUCCUGGCUUCGCCGAGCUCCAUGCCCGGAUUCUGGAUCUUCAUGUAUCGCGCUAAUCCGUUCACGUAUUGGGCCUCGGCUGUGUUGUCGACUGGACUGGCUAAUCAAGACGUGCAAUGCGCUUCAAAUGAGCUUGUGAAGGUGACCGCUCCCGAUGGCCUGACUUGCGGCGAUUGGCUUGGGCCGUACGCGAAAGCUGCCGGGGGCAAGCUUUGGGAUGAGGCUGCUACUGGUGUGUGCGAGUACUGCCCCGUGGCCAGCACAAACACUUUCCUCCAGCAGAUCAGCGCAAGCUACGAGAACAGGUGGAGGGACUUCGGCAUUGGCAAUGCCUUUAUUGUGUUCAACAUAUUCGCCUCAAUCUUCCUUUACUGGUUGGUCCGUAUGCCUAAGGGGAAGAAGAAGGAGUAA